UCGAGUCGCUUCCUUUCUAUUUUGAAAACGAUUUAAAGUAAAUAUUAUCAUGACCAUAACGAUAAUGCUAAGGUGCUUCUUUAUAAUAAAAUGAAAUGUAUGAAACAUUUGGUUCCACGUGCCCUUUCAUCGGUUAUGAAAAGUGCCAACGAAUUUUGGAUCCCUGUGCCAUUAGCGUAGAAGUGACUCCUUCCAUAUAUUUCUAUAAAAUUCUGGCUUUUUAAAUACUUGUUUUAGAUAUUUGUAUUAAUUAUUAUCAUUGAGAGAAAUAUUACAUACAUUAAACUUUAAUAAUCGUUUGAAAAAUCCAGAAUGUUCAUAAACACAGUCCCAAAAUGUUCGUAAUUUUUUACGGAGGGGAGGAACUUUCAAUUAUUAAUUAACCAGAAUUUAAUGAUUUAACUAUUAAUUUUUAAAUGAAUUUAUUACAAGAAAUAUAUUCAAGUCACAUGCUUAUAAUAUUAUUUUUAGCUCCUAUAAUUUUAAUGUUAACAUUUUUUAUGAACAUUAUUUUCAGUAUCUUUUGCGUAGCAAGUUUUAAUGAACAUUUGAUGCCAUUUCUUGCAAUACAAUUAGGACAUGAAUUGAUAGCCCUGAUGUCAGAAGAAAGCAGUUGAUUUGUCGACUUACGUAAUAUUUGGGCUUAGCUUUUAGACAAAUAAAGCCUUGAAGACAAUGGCUCAUCUUUUACAUAAAUAGUCUUCAAGUUUCACAAAAUGUUGCUGGCUCAUACAUAGUAUGAUGCUGUGUUUGUACAACACGUUUAAGCAAUGCAAGUAAAUGACAACUCAUUUAUUGAGAUUUAUGUCCUUUAGUGGGUUGUUUAAAUUAUUACAAAAAUGUGGAAAAUCUACAUACGUUUUCACGUGAAACAUCUGAGAAUAACAGGAAAAUGUUUAGACGUGUGAAUUGCGAAUUACGAAGAUGGGAGAAACCUGUACUAUUGACUUGAAAUAACCAUUAACUUUUCAUGCUUCGAAGCAGCCAUCUACUUUUGUCCUCUUUGUUCCGAGGGUAGUAUAAUUUUACAUUCCUGAUUUGGGGAAAAGUAGGACAUCUAAAAAAGCUUACUAUAUCUCUCCUGGCCCCUUUUUCCCCAUUCCUUUAUCGGACACAAUUUAGUUAUCGUGAAAAUACAAUUUAUUUUAGAAAAAUAACAUCUCUUGACGUGUGUUGAUAAAAUAGGCGCUUUUUUUAAAUCCCAUUGUCGACGAAAUUCGCAGUCAGAACAUAAGUUAACCGAAAGAAAACAAAUAUAAUUGUAAAUAACAAAUGUGAUAAGACAUUCGCACCUCGGUAACCUCAUAAUACUGUCAGAAUCUAAUUCUACUAAUUCUGUAAGAAUCGCUCACGCGCACAGCAGAGGUUACCACCCAACACUUUCCCGCCAAACGGUAUGACGUCAUUCUAUACAUAUUUACUCUGCACAAAUUUGUCCUUCGAAGAGAAAUUUUGAACAAACCAGGGUUUUUAUGUUUAGUAAGAUGUCGACACUGUCACUAUCCCAUCAUGCCAUAUUUUGCGCACACGAGAAGAAAACGAAACUAAACUAAACACACAUGACACACAUGUUGUCCACCAGCUGCAACAGUUAGAAUGUGCUGAAUUAAAGAUCCGCUGGAAAUGCAACAAAUAGGAGGGUAUUUCACGGACUUAAUUCAUGAAAACAAAUAGGAUCUAGAAAGAGAAAAGUGUGGAUACGUAACCUAUGCUUUCCGUGAGUGCUGUACUAUAAGUGUAAGGCACUAAUGUGUAUUGUAUAAUACACACCGAUAAAUUGUUUCUUGUUAAAGUUAAAUAUUGCUCACGUCAGCGAAGUGUCAAUGUUACCAGUUUAACCGAGUAUGACUAUGAUUGUGCGCAAAACUAAUUGCUGUCAACUGCCGUAAUUGCGUGUGCCCACGUGUACAACAUAACCUUGGAAAAAGGACAGAAGACGACAAAUUGCUAAUUAUAUUAUUGUGUAGGACUAUUAUAAUUCUAGAAUGAAUUCCGAAAACGGCGUAGAAGAAAGUAUGUCGGAAGAGGAGAAUUCUGAGGAAAUGGAUGUGAAUGAAGAAGAAGAAGAAAAUGAAAACGAUAAAGAUGUUAAAAAGCCGAAAAAGGUGUAUCUGCCAGGUGAUCCCCUGGCAGAAAAUGAGGUGCUGGAGUGUGAUAAAUCUGCGUAUGAAAUGUUGCACUCGGCACAAACUGGUGUCCCGUGUUUAAGUUUUGAUAUUAUCCAAAAUCCUUGGCAUCCACCAUCUGGCGAUUUUCCAAUUACUGCAUAUUUAGUUGCUGGUACACAAGCUCCUGAAACACAUGCAAACUCCAUUAUUGUAAUGCAGAUGAGUAAUAUGCAUAAAAUGGAAGAUGAUGAGGACUCGGAAGAAAGUUCUGAUAGUGAGGAUGAAGAAGAUUCUAAAAGUCCCAGACUCAAGAGUACGUUUAUAAAUCAUCUGGGAUGUAUUAAUAGAGUUCGUUCUUUGGUCCAUGAUGAAGUCAUAUUGGCAGCAUCUUGGUCUGAGUUAGGUCGAGUGAUGCUCUGGGAUAUUACUGGUAACGUGAAAGCUACUGCAUCUGGAACAAAAGAAGGGUUGGCAUCUACACCAUUAUUCAGUUUCAAGGGUCAUCAGUCAGAAGGGUAUGGUUUGGAUUGGAGUCCAACAAAAAAAGGUGUGCUUGCAUCUGGGGAUUGUAAACGUGGUAUACACAUUUGGCAUCCUUCAGAAGGUUCAUUGUGGCAAGUUGACCAGCGACCUUUGAUGGGUCAUACAGAUUCAGUGGAGGAUUUGCAGUGGUCACCAAAUGAAUCUAAUGUUCUAGCAUCAUGUUCAGUGGAUAAAAGCAUUCGAAUUUGGGAUAUCAGGGCAGCUGCAAACAAAGCAAAUAAGCUGACAGUUGAAAAUGCUCAUGAAAUGGAUGUAAAUGUCAUAAGCUGGAAUCGUAAUGAGCCGUUCAUAGUAUCUGGAGGAGAUGAUGGUGUUCUUCGUAUAUGGGAUUUGAGGCAGUUUAUGACUGGUCGUUCAGUAGCAAGUUUUAAACAUCACACUCAGCCAGUUACAACUGUUGAAUGGCAUGCAACAGAUCCCACUGUAUUUGCUUCUGGAGGAGCUGAUAAUCAAAUUGCCCUGUGGGAUAUUGCAGUUGAAAGGGAUACUGAGAACUGCGCUGAUGAUGUGGAGAACUUGCCAUCCCAAUUGCUCUUUAUUCAUCAAGGACAGACUGAUAUAAAAGAGUUACAUUGGCAUCCACAGUUUCCUGGUGUUGUCAUAAGUACAGCUCUUGAUGGGUUUAAUAUUUUCAAAACAAUUAGUGUAUAAUUAAGUGUUUUGUAAGUAAGUCAUAAAAAUUGAUUCAAAUAGUAAUCAUAUAUUUUAAUUAUGUGAUAAUUUCUUCCAAUAAAAUUUAUGUAAAAAUAAUAUUUUUCUGUUAUGUUAUUCCACUAAAUCAGAAUUUACAAAUUUUGUAAUUUUAAGCCAAAGGUGUACAAUGUUUCAUAUGUGAAGGCUGUAGAGAGAAGUUUUCAAAAUAUGUAUUGAUAUUGUUUGUACAUAAUUGAUGUGUUUGUGGUUAAAAUUGGAUGUUAUUGUCAGCAUUCAUUUUGGGCCUACAGAUCAAUUCCCAUUUAGGAUUAUAAGGAAGUUUCUAUUUCAUGAAUCUGUUUAUUUAUGUACGUUUUCAACAAGCUGAAUGACAAAUAUGCCCAUUAUAAAAAAAACAAAAAUUUUCUUGCAAAGCAUUCAGUUCAUUUUCGUUGUUCUUCCAUCAUUUCCAAUCUUCUCAUCUAUCCUUUUAUUUAUAACUUCCUUCAUUCUGUCUCCUUAUUUUGUUUAUUGUAUCUUCUUUUUCCCUAGCAUUAAUUUCUUCUAUUAAAUUGUCUGGAAGCUUUAAUACCGAAAUAUGAGUUUUAAAGGGCUCCUCAGAAUUUUCUUCCCUUUUACCAGAUACCACCUUGCAAAAGGUGAGGUAG